GUUCCCCUCACGCCUAACAGGCAGCAGCAGCAGCAGCAGCAUGCUGGAGGAAGUAGAAGGACAUUCGAUGUUGUUUAUUCUGAUGGUUGACUUUAUAGACAUGUCACCUGCUGCAGUUCUACUGAGAUAAUCCUCAGAAAACUCCACAUCGUCUUGAGCACUAUAUCUGGACCCAACAUGGAGCCUGUCAUGCACCAAGUUUGGCCCAAAGUGUUUCAGCCUCUUCGACGGGCCCUGAUCCUGUCAAAGAGGAGUCACUCAGGCUGUGCUGAGCACAGUGUUGUUUUAGAGCCCCCUACCUCCAGGCGCAUCAGGCCCCCACACCUGGUAUCACGCCUUUACCAGCCGUCACAUCUGCGUGACGUUGGACAGGAAACCCGUCUCCAGGCCGAGAUGACUUGUAAGAGCCAGCGGCUAAUGCAGAAGGCCGGACUCAUCCAUCCAUCCAACCCAGGAUGUUACUACUACCUCCCUGCUACAGUACGCUCCAUGGAGAAGUUGGUGAGAGUGAUUGACGAGGAGAUGCAGCAGAUCGGUGGGCAGAAGUUGGACAUGCCCAGUUUGUGUUCUGCAAACCUCUGGAAAACCAGCGAGCGUUGGGACUUGAUGGGAAAGGAGCUGUUCCGUCUGAAAGACCGCCAUGAUGGAGAUUAUUGUUUGGGCCCAACGCAUGAGGAAGCGGUGACAACUCUGGUCGCUCACCAGACGACUCUGUCCUACAAACAGCUACCUUUGCUUCUGUAUCAGAUUACACGCAAAUUCAGGGAUGAGCCUAAACCGAGGUUUGGUCUUCUUCGAGGCAGAGAGUUCUACAUGAAGGACAUGUAUUCAUUUGACGUCUCUGAAGAAGCAGCUCAUCGAACCUACGAAUCUGUGUGCCAUGCUUACACUCGGCUUUUCGCUCGCUUGGGCCUGCAUUGUGUUCAGGUGCAGGCAGACACAGGAAUGAUAGGUGGUAAGCUCUCCCAUGAGUUCCAGCUGCCUGCAGACAUUGGUGAGGACAAUCUCCUCGUGUGUGGAAACUGCUCCUUCUCUGCCAAUGUAGAAACCCUGUCAUCAGAUGAUAAGAGCUGUCCACAGUGUAAAACUGGCACACUGUCAGAGUCAAAAGGAAUUGAGGUCGGCCACACUUUUUACCUGGGUAAAAAAUACUCUCAGAUAUUCAAUGCCUCCUUUAGCAAUGCUCAGAACCGGUCGUGUGUUACUGAGAUGGGCUGCUACGGCCUUGGAGUGACACGUAUACUUGCUGCAGCCAUCGAGGUUCUAUCAACAGAGGAGGGAAUCCGCUGGCCAGGCCUUAUAGCCCCUUAUCAGGUUUGUGUUCUGCCUCCAAAGAAGGGAAGUAAAGUGGAUGAGGUUACACUCUUAGCUGACGACCUGGUUCACUUAUUGGGGGAGGCUCUGCCCUGUUUGAGAGGCGAAGUGGUAGUUGAUGACCGUACGCAGAUGACCAUUGGAAAGAGGCUAAAGGAUGCCAAAAUACUGGGUUACCCAUAUGUUGUUGUGGUAGGGCAGGGAGCUCUGGAGGACACACCAAGGUUUGAGGUCAUCUGUCAACACACAGAUGAGAAAAUGUUUCUGAGUAAAGAAGCACUGUUAGAUCUGCUGACAAAAGUGGAAACUAUAUGAAUCACCUCACUUGGAACUGAGAUCUUUUUUGUUAAUUUUGUCUGGGUUAUGUGGGUUGGAUUGGACUUGUUAUCACAGGAUCCCAGAUUUGAAUCCCAGCAUUGCUCACCAAGAAUGGGUUGAUGGGUUAAAUGGGACACAAUUGCAUAUGUACAAUGACAAUAAGGUGAAUCUGUUCUCUUCUAUUUUAAGCAACAUUUGUACAAUCCCAUGUAAAGAAGGUGGUGAAAUUAAAAAAAAAUCUUAUAUGGUUACUAUAAUUUCUGCAUGAGAAAUCCAGCAGUUUUCAGUCAGGUCACAGAGUUCUACUAGGGACAAAAACAUCAAGAACAUGUGGUCUUGAAAAUCCUCCAGUCACAGGAUGCGCCUGUGAGGAGUUUUAAAACAUGAUAGUGAGACAAAACCGUGUAUCUUCAUGUAAGAAUGUUGUCAUUUUACUGCUCUGUGAUUGCACAAUAAAUGUGUGAGCUCAAAA